CCUCCGGCAUGAAGGGUGCAGCAGAGACCCCCCUCCUCAGGAGCAGAGCUCAGACACACAGAUGAUGGAAGAUGCUUUGGAAACAGUGAGUGAGGAGCCGCACCUGCAGGAAGAACCCCCUGAAGACUCAAAUCCGGACCCUGAGGAGUCGCCUCAGCAGGCUGGGGUCAUCUGGAGGAUGACGGGAGGGCUCUUCAGCAUGACCCGGGGCGCCGUGGGGGCCACGCUGGGAGGCGUCGCCUGGGUCGGAAGCAAGAGCCUGGAACUCACCAGAUCAGCGGUGACUACGGUCCCGGCCGCGGGAGUGGGGCUGGUGAAAGGCAGCGUCUCCGCCGUGAGCAGCACCAUGGGAGCCGUUGGCUCGGCUGUGGCUGGCAAGGUCCCCUUCGCCGCCAAGAAGAAAGACAAGUCUGACUAAGCUGGGUAGCCACCUCCUUUCUGCUAGCUGGAGGCCGGACCAGACCGCCACCUCCCCACUUCCCAACCACCCCCUGGCAGCCUCCUGGGGGUCAGGCCAAGCUCCCCUUGGGUCCUGCUCACCCUGACCCAGCUCUGUGCUUACCACACCGCCACCACCCUUUCCAUCUCCCAGCGAACCUGGGCCUGGGCCUCUGCCGGUGGACAUCUCCACACCGCUGCCUCUUUCUCUCAAAACGUGUCAGACAACACCUACGUGAGAUAUCUGGAGCGGUCUUCUGGGGGAGAUAAAAAAGAGAACAUUCACUGAAGAGACUGUCCCCCCGGGCGCCAUGUUCCCCACCCUGCCAUGGGUCUGCUGAUCUCGUCACACGAUUGGUUGGAAGAUGAGGCCCCAUGUACUCAAGCCAGCCAGUACUCAGUCAGUGCUGCGGAUGAGGAUGAGAAUGACGACGACACAGGAGUACUGUGCCGGCUAGUCCCCCAAGUGAUGGGGGAGGAGGGAAUAGCGUUCCCAAAAUAACUUCACGAGGAGGUUGGUCCUCCACUCCAAUUCCCUUCAUUCUAAGCCUGGAAGGAAGUGUAUUCGCUAUCUUCCUGGCUUAAAAUGAUCUGUUCUCCCUUGGAGCAGCACCAUCCAAAGUCAUCAGAGCCCUGGACCUGCUAUCCUGCCCCUUUGGCCCUGUGGAUUUGGGUGAGCCAGUGGGGGCUGGAAGGGGGCCGAAGUGUGUGGGGAGUUAGGGCUUGGUUGGUGUACAACUGAGAGCCCAUUGGGGUUUCAGGAUAUGUGAGAACCAGCCCCAUUUUUUGCAGAAGUUGGUAGGAGAGGAGAGCUGGGUCAGAGACAGGAAGGAAAAAACUUUCAGGAUAGUCAGGAAAGACCAGAGCUCUACAGCAUUCCUUCCGCGUAGUUGAGGCUACACUCUUAUAGCCUGAGUUCAAAGUGGACUGUGGAGUCUGUCCCCUAAAAACUGGGGUGGGCCCUGGGAGGAGCCAAGAGUAUGGCUGUGAUCCACCGCCUGUGGUUUGGGGAAAGACAUGGACCAGUCACUGGGCCUUCACCGGAACGCGCACUUGCCGAGCCAAGUGACCAAAAGCCUUUGAGUAUCUGGGGCCGUGGGUGACCCUCGAGAACUGCGGGGACGAGUUUGCUGAUCCCCCUCGGGGCCAGGGGCAGUGUAGAAUUCCCACCUGUGCGUUCUUCCCCAGCACUUAGUACAGUGCUCUGCACACUUGAUAAAUACUGCUCCUACUUUGACACUAUCAAUAGAUCUGGGCUCUGGCAGCAUCUGAACAAGUUUAGUCACUCUGAUAUAUUUAUCAAGAUUGUAAGACUCAUCCACCAACAUUCAGCCAGUCUUAUCAGAUUUGCAGCUGCCUUCAGCUCUGACUUCCCAUCUCAAAUGGAGUAAAGCAGAGCUGUGUAUUCUCGGCAGGAGCACUUGAGGAUACAACAAAAGACCUGGAACCUGGUGUUAAAAUGCACUUCUGGUCCUCCAGGAAACCAUUUCAACUCAACAAGCUAAGAGCAUCAUCGAAAGUCCUUGAAUCCGCAUUCCAGAGCUUCUCUAAAUUGAUGACUGUAGUCUGGAAGUGAAUUCCCAUGAAGACCUGCCGAUGAUCUAAAACUACUCUGUCAAACAAGCUAUGAGUAAGUCUGAAGAAGACCAAGGUUAGCCUCCACCGAAGAAUCCUGAUUAACCGAAAGAUCUCCAUUUACAAUCCCAAGCUGAAUGUUGGCAUUAAAUUCUGCUACCUAGGUAAUACAACGUCUGAAUGCACAGAUCAAUCAGUCCAUCAAUUAAUCAGUGGUAUUUAUUGAGCACUGUACUAAGCACUUGGUAGAGUGCGAUACAACAGAGUUGUCAGAAACGUUCCUGGCCCACCAGGGCAGUCUAGCAGGGGAGACAGACAUGAAUAUACAUAAAUAAAUUAUGGAUAUGUAUGUAAAUGCUGUGGGUCCACAGAUCAUCAAAGAAGUAGGAAACCAAGUUGAAAAAGCUCGUAUGCCCUCUGGGUAUUGGACAGACGGUGGCACCAGUAUGGGUCCAAGUUUCAGACCAAACGGAAGGUCUUUGAAAGAGCAUUCUAAGUGGUUGUGAGACCACAGCUAUCUCAUCCAUCUUCUUGAGUAGUUUCAUCACCGUCAUCAACCCUCGAUAUCAAUUUUAGACUGUGGGCCCAUCGCUGGGCAGGGAUUGUCUCUAUCUGUUGCCGAAUUGUACAUUCCAAGCGCUUAGUACUGUGCUCCGCACACGGUAAGCGCUCAAUAAAUACGAUCGAAUGGAACGAUGACCCAAAUGAGAUCCUGCAACACAGUGCUUUUUCCACUAUUUAAGCAAUGCUCACUGCAACCUAGCUUUACUGGGUAGGAGAGGAGAGGGAACUUAGUGGCUCAGCAGGACACUGAAGUAGCUCCUAUGUGGUCAGCUGAAGUAAGAAGAGCAAGAACAAAGAGGGAAGAUGAUGCCAUUUACAGGUACAGAGAAAGGCAACCUCAAAUGACACAGGAAGACGGAGACUACUAGGAGAUAGCAGCAGACAGACCCGACUGGCUUGCAGAAAUAGGGGAACUUCAUUUUGAGCAGAGGCUUCUGGGAAGAUCGUAAGACUCGGGAGCAGAAUCAAAGAUUCUGGACACCUCACAUCGUAAGACAGGGUUAUCUUAUUUCUUUUGAGCAGUAUGAAAGAUUGUUUUGGCUGCCCUUUUGAUAAUUUUCAGCCAAAUUAAUCCAGAGAGGUAAAGCCUCAUUGUCAGGCUUAGAGCAAGAGGGACUGUUUGAAGAUUCAAAAUCAUGUCCUUUAGAUAUGGUUACAGUCCUCUAGCCUGUAAGCUCACUGCGGACAGGGAACCUGUCUGUUAUACUCUCCCAAGCACUUAAUACAGUUACUGCUGUAUUGCUUGGCGUGCUUAUUACACACAAAAAACUCUCAGUAAAAACCACUGCUUGAUGUAGUAACACUCUGGUUGGUGUGAGCAGGCCAUGGUUUUGGUGUGAUUAUUGUGUCGUGUCUACCACUGUCCCUUCCCACCACAAGUCAGGUCCCUGGGAAAUGGGUAGAACUGACAAUAGCCUGUGUUUAUGGGGCAGGCUGGCUUUUUUUUUUCCUCAACCAAGUUAUUCUCUCCUUGAUCAUCCCCAACAUGUGAGUGUUGAGUCCUCCUUAGGCACUGAACUGCAACCCAACCUCCAUGGCCAAGUUGGGCCCCACUCCCACUGGAUCCUGGCCUUCUUACAACCAGAAGAGAUCUAGGGCCAUGCCACUGUGUAUCACGUGAAUCCUCUUUUCAAAAUAGUAAUGCCCAGUACACCGCGGUCGCCCGCUGUUAGGGCCACUCACAGCUGAACCCUACCACCCUUCAGAGAUUAAGGACAGGAUAGUGCCCCAAACGUACCCUCAGAGCAGCCUCCAAAACCUGCUUCUAUUCUGCUACCAAAGUGAGCCAUGGGGGCUGAGCUCCUGGCUGAAGGUUGAGGAGGGUCAGAGGUCUAGAUGGGAAGAGAAACUCUUUGUUUUCUUUACUGUAUUAUUUGGUUCCUCCCUCCCUUGGGGCCAGAGACCUCAGAUUGAGGAGUUUCUCAUUGCUCCCCUCGAUCCUCAGAUUGUGAUUAUUGUGAUGUGUCUACCACUGUCCCUUCCCACCACAAGUCAGGUCCCUGGGAAAUGAGUAGGACUGACAAUAGCCUGUGUUUAUGGGGCAGACUGGCUUUGAGGCACUUAUUCUGGAAAAAUGGAAGGGCAGGUUGGGAUGGGAAUUUCUCAGCCAUGGGACUUCGGAAAACAUUUUCCUAUGGUUGGCACUGCCCUGUCCUUCCUGGUUCCCCCUGGAUUAUCUUUUCUCUGCUUUAGGUCCCACCAACCGCAGAGGGAGGGGAAGAGCCCUUGGCAAUAGUUGAGGGGAGAGGACAGUUUGGGGGCGGUGGAGGACUUUGGCUUCCAGGCACAUGAAAUGGCCUCUUGCCUUUUCCGCAGUGAGUUCAGGAGGUUGCCCCAAACGCCCCAUUAGAGUUUAAGGAUGUGGAGGGUAGGGACUGUGUCUUUUACUUCUUUUAUCCAGCACAGUGCUCUGCAUAAAGUAGGCACUCAGUAGAUACUCUUGAUGAUAAAAGGAGUUGGGAUUUUUUUGCUGCGCUCAGCCCAGCAAGGGGAAUGAUGGUGAGAAAUCUGGGAAUGGUUCGUGUCUCUGGAAUGGAUAGAAAUAUUUGUGCUCGAUUUGGUUUUUUGCAUCUCUGUGAUUUUGAUGACAAUAAAGUUUGAAGAUAACCACCA